AUGCCCCUCAUAAGGGAGAAGGCAGCCGACGUUAUCACAGGCGCCGCUGGCCCAUACUUUAUCGUCCUCGCCUGGGCCCUCACCGGCUUUGUCGCGUUCGCGUUCUUCGAUGUCAUUGCCCGCAACUAUGGGUGGCUGGGAACCGUCCUCAUGCUCCCUCUCUACAUUCUCGUCCCGCUCAACAUGUACGGACAGUACUACCUCGUCACCCACGUCUCCCCCGGCUUCCCGGUCAUUCGCACGGAGAAGGACUCGCGCUGGAUCUCACACAACCCCCGUUCGCUGGUCGCUCCCGAGCGUUGGGGGUUCUAUCGCUCACCCGCUGCUGGCGGAAACGCCAUGAUGAAUGGCAUAUCCCCCGUCGUCGGUGGUGGCGAGCAGCAGCAACAGAUGCCAGACCGUGUGAGGCGGUGCCGCAAAUGCGAUGGACCAAAGCCAGAGCAAGCCGCCGCCGCUGCGUCUCUCCCGUCCAAGCUGACACAACUCAGCGCACCCACCACUGCUCGGUCUGCAAGCGCUGCGUGCUGCUUAUGGACCACCACUGCCCUUCGCCACUUUGUCCUCUUUAUGGCAUGGCUUGGCCUUGGUUGCUGGAUCGUCGUCGCGCUCGGUUGGGGCCAUUUUAUGAAAUCGCUUGAUUUCUUUGGCGGUUCCAGAGACGAGGUGAGCCUUUUUGACGAGAGCGGAGGAACGUACGCGCACACAUACCCACAUGGGACUGCGUGGGCCGCGUUCACGCCGCCUGUCGGGUGGACACUGGCGUAUAUCCUCAGUAUCGCCAUCGGCGUCGCGGUGCCGGUCCUCGGUGGAUGGCACGUCUUCAUGAUUAUGCGUGGCGAGACGUCGAUUGAGGCCCACGACAACGACUAUCUUGAGAAGAAGGCCCGCGAAGACGGUCUGAUCUAUCUCAACCCGUACGACAUGGGACGCCGCCGCAACCUCGAGAUCUUCUUCAACCUCGGACGUGGCGGAUACCCAUUGACAACGCUCCUCUUCCCUCUUGUCGUGCCCCCAUAUUCGAAUGGAUGGACGUUUGCCCGCCGUUCCAUGCCUGUAGACCCGUCGACAGCGCCAUUACUCGCCUCGGGCCUCCGCGCGACUGGUUACGACUCGCGUGACCCAGCCGCCAGCUCGCCUACCAUUGACGAGCACGAGCAGGUGUUGGGCAACGGCGACGGACCUGGCGGCCGCUACGUCAUGGGCGGAGGCGAGGACCUCACGGACGACGAGGACGGCGGUGGUGGGUGGUGGGAAGGCAAUGUCGACGACAGCAGUCUGCUCUAA